UAUUGGCAUCAGGGUAUGACUGCAGUGUACUAGUUUGAUGUGGGGCUAUUGAUUCAGAUGUUUAUGAUCAGGUCUGAUGUACAAAUCAAUGCUGAUGGAUUGACACCAUCUACCCGUCUACCUAUCACUUCAAUUAUUUAAUGUUUGUCCCUUAAGCAAAAGAUAUAUUUUUUUAAAAUCAUUUUCUUUAGAGAUGCACAAAUAGAAUUGACUUACAUCUUUAAUUUCUGUAUUGAUAUUAUAUCAUGUAUAUAUUUACCGAUUUAAAACAUCCUUCUUUUUUCAGAAAGGUCUCAUAUUAUUGUAAAUGCACCUCCACCUUGUUAAACUCCAGAUUGCAUUGUUAUGUACAUUUAUAUUUACAAUCCACAAUGCAAAAUGCAUUUUAUUAUGAGAGAUUUAAAAAAGAAAUUUAAAAUGUCUGACUGAACAGAAAAGGAAAACCUGUUUUUCUUACAUAAUAUUGAUCUCUAUUAACAGUAUAGUUAUCAGCUUAGAAAUAAAUUUCAAGAAUCGAUUUAUUAUUUUGAGAUUUCAAGUGCAGUAAAAAAUUGACCAUUUAAAUUAAUUUAUGGGUGCACUAUGUCUUUUUCGUGGUGGGAGAUAACGGGGCGUAAUCUAAAUCGCAAAUAGUAUUUUACCAACUAGGCAUGCAUAGAGGUAGUUUAUUUUAAAGGGAGCUAGCUGCAGCUGAAGUGGUGCUAUGUAAAUUCUUAAGAUUCAAAAGAAUCUUUCACUUGAUCAUGGAAACGGAGCAAUGGAACACAUAUUUUUUGAGCUUAUAACCAUGUUUUUACAAGCAUGAUAGAAAAAACACACCCAAGAGUAAAAGGCAAACUUUAUGUAACCAAAUCAAAAAAAAAUUCAGGAGAAACAUGAGAGAAAAAAAAAAGAACUUUAAUAAAUCUAUAUCACUGCACUCGCCAAACAUUUGUUGUGUGCAUUCUUGUUUAUGGAUUUUAAAUUAACACUCGAUCAGUAAAGAUAUGCUCCAGUGUAGAAACUUAGGUGUAAAUGUGGAUAGAAAAUGCCAUACCCAAGUAGCAGGGUAGUGAAGCAAGAGGCGUACGUUUGCCUACAUCUGAAGAAUUAUCCAUUAUUAAUUGCGAGCCAGUGAACUUGCUUAUCUUGUGUAUUAUACCAUAUUGAGCCAAGGAGGUACCGGUAUAUGGGCUGUGAUAAUGAAUGAUGCCCCCAAGGAGAUCCUGGCUCGAGGCCCAGAGGCUGUUCAUGCCUAUGAGGAGGCCUGUAUAUCUGGUACACAACCGGUUUACAGAACCAGACUGAUGCUCGUGGGCCAGGACCGAGUGGGCAAAACCAGUCUGAAGAGGGCAUUAACCAGACAAAAACAUAACAGAGAAGAGGAGCAGACAGUAGGAAUAGACCUGUCCAAUUCUUGUUCCUUCAGCAAUCUGCAUGAUAGAUGGCAGAUGGCAAUACAGGGGGAUUAUGAAAAAGAGGCUGAUCUGCAGGAAGAGCAGAAACAGCUUGGAAUCUUGGGAGGAGUCAUAGGUCUGGAGGAGGAAUACCACAAAGCGUUGGCUGAGAACAUUGUCAAGGAAUUAAAUCCACCAAAAUUACGGAAAGAGUCCACCCUGAGGGGCCGGGCACCAAGCAGAGACAGCGCAAAGUCGGGCAAAAGGCCGUUUGAUUUGGAGAGUGUGAAGUCUACUUCCUCUGUACAUGGUGUGAUAGCUCAUAUACCAGAGAAGUUGUCUCAUGCUCCACCCGAGAUGUUCACCGACGUUCCAGAGAGGGUCGUACAACUCGUGGAAGAGAUGCUAGACAAAGGCAGGGAACCAACUACCUCAAAGAACCAGCCCAAACUAUCCAAAUCUUCCUCAUUCAAAAGACAGUCUAGUGUAUCUAAACCACUUGUUUCUGAAGCAACGCCCUCCAACUCUCAGGACUCGGACAAAACCAACAUAGAGAAGAAAGUGGUGCUCAACAUUUGGGAUUUCUCUGGACAGUCUGUUUACUAUACUACCCACCAAGUGUUUUUAUCUUCCCGAGCUGUGUACGUGAUUGUGUUCAACCUAUGCCAUGAUUUACACACCACAAGAUCAGAGAAUUCCUCCAUGGAUGAGUGGAGUACUCUAGAGUACAUGGACUACUGGCUGAGGACUAUUUAUAGCCACACCUCACAGAACAGCACUAACUCCAUCAGUAACAACAGGUUGUCUCCCCCUAUAUUGGUGGUGGGCACCCACAGGAACAAUCUGUCACAGGACGAGGUGGAGCAGAAACGACUGGUUGAGGAGAAGUUUGAUGAAUUACGGACAUUCAUGAUGGACAAACCUUACACCAGACAUCUCAUUACUCCAUUUGUAGCCAUAGAGAAUGACAUGGAAGAGGGAGAAGACCCCCAGAUUGGGGAGCUUCGGAAGAUGAUUAAAGAGGCGGCCAGUGAGGAGCCGUACAUGGGGGAACAGAUGCCCCUCAGAUGGCUCAGGUUUGAACAGGAGAUCGCAAAACUUGUGGCAGGGGACGCAACUCAUGCUUCCUAUGAUCAGAUUCAAGAGCUUGCCGGAAAUGUGGGCAUCACGGAUGAGGAUGAGAUAAAGAUCAUGGUGAACUUCUACCAUGACCUGGGGCUGCUGAUCCACUACGGCAGCUCUGGGACCAUUGACAAUGUCCUCAGGAAUACUGUGGUACUACAGCCCCACUGGCUGGUGGACAUGUUCAGAUCGGUUGUUCUUGCUAAGCCAAAAAAUGAUAAGUGGAGUUUCAGUAAAGACAAAUGGAAAACUUUUGAACAGAAGGGCAUCCUUGAUGAUUCCCUUCUGGAAGAUAUCUGGAAGAAAGUCAGCAUGCAGAAGCCAGUUCUUCUGGGUCUGAUGGAGAAGUUUGACCUUUUGUGUCCUGCCUACACCCAGGCAAACCAGAGGCCCAAGUAUUAUUUUGUCCCGUCCAGAAUGACCAGUGAGAGCGACGUGGACAAGCGUCCUUAUAGUGAUAACACAAAUAAUGCAGCCUUCUAUGUCAAUUUUGCCGGUUUUCUACCCGAUGGGUUAUUUUAUAGAAUUGUCAACCGAACCACAAAAUGGUGCAUUGACAACAGUGGAAAAGAGCCAUACUGUUUGCUGAAAACCCUAGCUAGAUUUUUCCUAGAUGAUGAACAUGAUUUUGUAUUAGAAAUGGCCCCUAGAAACUUUCAUAGAAUCAAGAUUGUAGUGAUGAGAGUUAGUGAUGUAUCAGAAACCAAUGAUUCAGAGCAAACCAAUCUGUCCCCCAAACCAAGUGCCUGUGCCAAAUUAAGGAAUUUCCUGGAGAGUAGUCUUUUAGAGCUGAAGGAGUCCUGGAUGAAGAGAUUAACCUACUAUACCUGUGUCGAGUGUCCUUGUGGGCGGCCAUGUUAUCUCCAUGGCGAUGAUGCCUGCAAGGAGGAGGGAUGUCUUCAUUUCCUAGAUUUAGAUGAGUGCUUAGCAAACAGGAUUGUAUGUUGUGAUCAUAGAAGAGUCAAAACCACAUCCAUUAAAAAGUGGUUUCCUGAGACCCAUUCACCAGUUUUUCAAGGCCAGAUCCUGCCUUCAAUUGACCUUGAAGAAUCGUAUGGAAACAUUGAAAAACAUGGUCCCUCCUUACCGUUGUGGGUCAAAGGUGCUGCUAAGUUACUGAGUUCUGGGGAGGAAAACCAAGACUGGCUAGCCUUGGCAAAGCUUAUGGGUCAUAAGGAAUCUCAGAUAGAGGAAUUUCUGGAAGACCUGAACCCCAGCCUCGCCUUGUUGACAGACUGGAUCAUCACCAGCGGCAACACCUCACUCUCUGUGGACAUGCUGAUAGCGUUUCUGGAGAAAAUGAACAGGGACGAUGUAGUGGAGAUCAUUGAGAAGGCCAAUGACACAAACAAAGAUCCACCCCAGGUUUUCAUCAGUUACCAGUGGGACUCCCAGGAUGAGGUUAAAGCCCUCAGGGACAAAAUGGAGAAGAGCGGCUACUCUUGCUGGAUGGACAUAGGACAGAUGGGAGGGGGAGAUUUUCUGAGUGCCAAAAUUGACCAGGGUAUUAGAAACUGCAAGGUGGUUCUUGCUUGUAUUACGCCAAAAUACGUAGUAUCCCACCACUGUAACCGAGAGCUAAGCCUGGCCGACCUGCUGAAUAAGACCAUCAUCCCCAUCAUGUUUGAGGAGGUUCCCUGGCCCCCACCCGGGGGGAUGUCCCUCAUCUUCUCACAACUGGUCUACAUUAACAUGAAAGGUGUUGGGGGUCAUGGCGGUACUGGUAUCCAUGCCGACCUGAAGGACAAGUACAAGGAGAUUGUCCAGAAACUGAUGAACUACAUUGUGCCUGACCUGACCAAGUAUUUUGACACAGAGACUGUGAUUAGUAAACAGUUUUCCAAUGACAACAGCAGUAUAACUAGUGAGGUUUACUCUCCACCUAUAGCCACAGAGUCGGCCAUAAGUUACCAAGGUAACCCGGAGGUACGACAGCACCAUGUGAGUUUCGCUCAGCAGGAGGAUCAUUUUCUACCACCCCCUCAUUAUCAGGUCCGGGCUCAGACUCCCGUGUCUCAGUCCUGUGUCUGUACUAUUUUGUGAUAUAAAGACAACUUACAGUUGUAUAUUCCUUGUCUGAUGUACAAUUUUGUACCCAUUUAUCUGUACAUAAAUUCUUGCAGUCAUUAAUCUCAUCUGUAUGGAAAAAGGAUAUGUUUCCACUGUGUGUGACUUUCAUUCAUAUCUCAUUUAACUUUGAAUAUUCAAGGAUAUAAUCUUAUUAGAUCUCGAAACAAUUAUUCUCCAAACAUUUAAUACCAUGAUCUUUCUACUGUUUGUCAUGGGGGACUACUCUGCUGAGGAAUGCUCUUCCUUUGGAUGAUGAAUCCGUAUGAAUAUAUCAUGAAUAUUAAUGAGAUGUUAAUGAGAUGUUAAAUCCCAAUUUUGUAGAAGGAAUUAUGAAGGAUGAUAUGUACUAUUGUACAUGGAAUAAAUGUGACAGUAUUUUCAAGAAUGUAAAUUAAUUUAGUUACAUUUCAUGUACAUUUUUAACAUAUAUUUUUCAAAUGCAUUUUUUAUGCAUAUGCUAGUAAAUUGCAUCCAUACUCACAUUUCAUGCAUGUUCAUGAAAAGAUAUUGUCAUAAAAGUUUCAUAUGUAUUUCAUGUUAAAGAACAGGAUUUUUUGGGCAUUAUAAUACUUAUGUGCUAUCAGCAAUUUUGGAAGAAAAUGAAUUGUUAAUUUCUUCCUUAAAGUAUUGUUGUCUGUGAUAUUUAAAAAUGAAUUUUGUUUUAUAUAGGUAGAUGCAUUCCUAAUAUUAUCAUUAAAAAAUAUAUAAAUCUGUUUGAUUGUGCAGAACUACUAACGAAGAAAUAAGAGAUAUUGAAGAACAAUUCUUUUUCACUCUUUUUGCCUAAGAAAUUAAAAGAAAGCACUAUUUUGUUACAAUGUUUGUUGAAUUAUAAAUUGUACAUGUACUUAUUUCCAGAUUUAUAUGUAUAUUCUAUGGGCAUUUUAAGAAAGUAUAUAUAAUAUGUUUUUUUAUAUGUAUAAACAAAAUCUCUAUAUGAACUUCUUAAAUUUGCUUCAGGUGAUAUUUACUCAAAAACCAUAUUCAUAUGAUCAUAUUCCUUUUAAUCAGUUUAUCCAUCUAUGUCUCACUGUAAUGAGAUAAAUCAUAAAAAUUCUUUUUUUUAAAUAGAUAUUUGGAAUUAUUUUACAACUUUUAACAUACAUUUUCCCAGGUACACAUCCCAGAAUUUUUAAAAUUAACCUCAAAUUUUGCUUAUCCCCAUUAGGAAUCAGCUAGAUCAUGGUUGAGAGGGAUAUUUUAGUGGGUUAAAAUUUGCCAUUUCGAUGAAAUUUGCAGAAGUGAAUAAUGCACAGAGUGUGUUACUCACUGAAGUGCAGUUUUGACAUGUACGUCUUUACAAAGUUAUCUCCUUGGUUAUACAUUUUUAGUCAUUGUAAAAUUUGAAGUAAUUUCCUCCACACAAAAAGUUUCUAUUCAAAUACAGAAUUGACCAUUUUUUUCCAUGAACCACUAGAUCUGAGUUUCUUUAUGAGAUUAUGUUAUAGAUUGUUGACUGUAUAUAGGCAUUUUUACAUUGACGCUCCAAGGAUACUGCCGGUAAGGAAUAAUCUUUGGUUGACUGAACCAAAUGGCACUAUUUAAAUUUGUGCAUUAAUGAAUAAUUCCAUUAAUUAUUUGUUUGAAAUAAAUAAAUCAUGAUCUCCAUUUGUCUUUAUUUUGAGUUGCAAAAACCCAUUUGAAUUUUAAAAACCGUAUUAACUGAUUUUUACUCUUUUUUUAAACUCAUUUUAUUUGUGAGAUCUUUAAUUGUCAAGUGUUUAUGAGGCCUUUGCCAAGAAUAUUGUGUUUUACUAAUGCCCAGGGCUUUGGUUUUUUAUAAACCUGUACAUUACAAUUGUUUUGUUUUGUUUUUCAACUUCUUUUUUAUUGAGUUUGUUGUAAUAUUUUUAACUGUCCAGAUCUGUUUGUAUUUUCUACAUAGAGAGAAUGUCCUGUUCAUAUUUUGUAUAAGUUCAUAUUUAUAGCUCAAUGCAAGACUUAAAAGUCCUCUUUUGAAUUUGUUAUUUCUGUGCUCAUUAAUUGGGUUCUGUGGUUUCUGAAUUAUAUCUGUACCUGUUAUUUUUCAUCAUUUGUUAUCUCAAGAGCUACAGGUUAAAAUAAAAGGAUUAUAUUCUC